GAUUACAACAGAUAUUCUUUGUUUCAUAAACAAUGUGUUAGUUAAACUUUAAAAAAGUACAUUUAAUCAUAAUAGCAUGGAACAUUGGAAAAACAUUUUUUAACCAUUUUAUACUGCCUGUAUUUCCCAAAUUUUUUAGCACACAUAUGAUUCAACAUUUCAUCAUCCACAUCACCAAGCAAAUGUACAUUUUAAAACCAACUGCAAAGUAAUGGACUUGUUCUAUUAACUUAAGUGCGUUUUUAGAUAUUUGGUAACCUCGGGCGUGCCAGGCUUAGCUGGAUUCAACACUAUAGGGCCUAUGAUUUGUAAUUUGCUUUUAUGAUUUGUUCAGGUUCAGGUAAUAUUCCUUAAAUAAAUAAACUCACUCAGCGACAUAUUUAUAAGAAGUUUACGAAUCUCCAUAAGCAUAUGGCUUUAUCAGCAAUGUGGAUCACCAUUAUUAGGAGGUGAUUUACAUUGACUAUUAAUGGUUAAAAAUGGGCGUGAACAGGGCGGGAUAUACGUGAAUCAGCCUCAUACGCACACUUGCAAGUGAUCUGUGAUUUAUAAAGGAAACAUUGCCUACAGGUGCGCGUGACCUGGCACAUGGUUUUAUAAAUCUGAAUAUUUUCCAUCUAAAGGUGAUGUCUGUAGGAGUAAUAUUAAUGGGUACCAAAGAUGUCACUUCCGCCAUUGGCACUGUCAUAUUUGUGUCCGUUUUGGCAGCGAACACAGCACAUCUAAUUUGCUAAAUUAUCACAUUUAUUAGUUUAAUUGAGGGUUUACCAGAGACUAAAUGUUGAUUGUACAAUCUGGAGUUAGAUGUCGGUUGCUGUAACGUCGGGGAGAUAGGCAGGCAGAGGAUCCAAAAUGCAGCUUUUAUUGAGUGAACAUAGACGAAGUAAAAAAACAGAAACCAAAAUAAUCCAUGACAGAUUAUCCAUAACAUGAAUACAAAGACCAGAACCAAAUUAUUACAUCCAACACAUUACAUUAACAAAGACUGAUCAAGGACAACUGAAACACUAGGGCUAUAUAUACACAAGGGGUAAAUGAGGUAACAAGACACACCUGGGAUACAAUCAAGAACAAGGACCAAUGGAACAAAAAAACUACAAAAGACUACAAAACAUGGCAGACAGAACCGAACUUCAAAAUAAAAGACAAGGACUGGGGAAAACAACUGAAUAAUUACAGCUGCAACACAUGAUCAAUUAAUUUUUUUUUCCAGAGACAAGUAUUACAAUAUAAAAUUUUGGUAUUGCACUGUAUUGCAUUUGCUCAAUCUGAAACAAAACCGAUUGAGCUAAUGAUGUGACAUCACAGAGACUCCAAAGCAAGAUGAUACAUUUGCUGUCGUCUACUUCACUGCAGCCAAUCAGAUUCAAGAACCUCUUUUUGCUCCACACCCAAUUUACAGUCAGAGUACCAACGUUCAAAACCCCAAAACGAUUACAGCAGAGAUUCUUAUAUUUAAUAAACGAUGCGUUAUAAAAACAAGUACAGUUAUUCAUAGCACGACACAUUGUACAAGCGUUUGUUUACGCUAAAUGUGAAAUGGGCUUUUGAAAGUAUGUAACAAAUAAAUACUGAUGCCAAGUGUUUCACUGUCAACUUAAAUGUUUAGUUUUGGUUCCAAACUGUUUAUUUCUGCUAUAUCUUGGUCAUUUUAUUUAUGUACUCAUCUGUGCCUUGCUGACAUACUGAUGCUGAAACAAGUGUCAUGUACGGAGCGUUCACAUUGAUCUUAGAUCAGACUGCUUAGAUCAUUUUUAAUUCCCAACCAAUACAAGCACAAACACAUAUGUGUGAAAGCAGUUGUGUCCACACAAGAAAGAGGAAGUUUUGCAAAUGAGUACUUUUAUGCAGUUUCUGUGAGGAAAAAACUGAAAGCUAAUCUUAGGUAAGCAUUUUGAUGUUUAGUUCCUCAAUACGACAAACUGCUCUCAUGUGUCAUCUGUCACAGUUCAAUCUUACAGGGAUUACUGAUAUCAACUGGUCUUACUGGAACAUUACAGGUUUACACAUCCAAAAUGAAGUUCGUCUGUGCUGUGUGCAUCUGGAUUUGUCUGUCAGGGUUUGGACAUUCAGCUGCUGAUGGGAUUCACAUAAACAAACAUGAAGGAGAUCAAGUCACCAUUACAUGUAGUCAUGAAUGGGCUUCAACUAACAAGAAGUAUUUCUGCAGAGAUCCAUGUAAAAAGGAAGAUAUUCUAGUAUCAACUAAUCGGUCACCUAACAGGAGAUUCAGACUGAAGGAUUUUGGAAAAGGAACAUUCAAAGUGACCAUCACUGAUCUACAGGAGUCAGACUCUGGGAUUUACUGGUGUGGAGUGGACAGAGUUUUUCAAGACACAUAUAUAAAGGUCAAUGUGAGAGUAUCUAAAGCAGAUAAAAACACAAACACACCUGAGAAGACUCCAACACCAGAGACAAAAUCUGAUUCUGAAACCUCCACGAGUAGAUCAUUCACUCCUGCACCUCAUGACAUCACAACCUCAUCUCCAUCUAAAGGUCAUAAUGAAACACCCCGUUCAGCCAAUCAAAAUUUUUUUGAUCAAGCUGGUCCUCUGGUGUGUACUGCUGUGGGUCUGACUGUGAUGCUGAUUAUAUUUUUGGGGAUUUUCUGUAUGUAUAAAAGGAAGAAGAGAAAGUCACACAGUUCCAGUGGUUCAACUCUGAGUGAUGUUAAAAGAGGGACCACAGAGGUAAGAGAGACUGCAGGUGAGGACAUCACAUAUGUGGACAUCAAAGAGACUCAACAGCAGACGGAUAAACACCCAGUCAUAUAUUCAACUGUCAAUCAUAAUUCUGCAGCAAAUCAGACUCAAGAUUCAUCCAUCUAUUCCAACCUCUCAAUCCAACCAUACAACUGUAACAACCAAAUGGCAAACCCCAUCAUUGACACAGUAACAUAUGCAGCUAUUUAUAAACAUAAAGUCUCUUCACCAAAAACAUUCAGAUCAGAAGACACAGUAACAUAUGCCAGUGUUUGUUCCUAAAGCUGUUUAACAUACUUGAUGUUUUGGCACAAUGUAACUUUUAAAUUAUUAUGUAUAUAGAUAUAAGCGUUUAUCACUUUUUUGGAUGUUACAACAAACAGCUUCACCGUUUACUUCCUGAUCUUUACUGUCUGUAUAUUUGGAUAUUUUUGACAACUAGUCAGUAUUCAACUAGUUUGCUCAGUUCUUUAACUGCUUCAAUUCAUGUUGUUUUAAUAAAUGUGAUUGUGAUUCUCACAUCAGGCUUUAACUUGCAUUUAAAUAUUUAUAUCACUUUGUAGUAAAUAUAAAUAAAGAGAUAUGUAUCGUAUAUCACCAUUCAUUGUAAGACUACUGAGAUAUGAAUUUUGGUCAAAAGUGCCAGCCGUACUUCUAUCCUAUAAAUGUAACCUUGUAAGCCGUUCAACACAAACCAAUAAAAUGAUAUUCCCAAAAUAAAAUGAAUUUAGUUGCUAAACUAUUUGACCAAUAAGACACAUUUUUGGCAGAAUCUGAAAGAAUGGAGACUUCAGACAAAAAUUUCAGACUUAAUUUAAACAAGAAAAGGAGUUAUAGCUGAUGAAGUAUUGUGAAAAUGAAAAUUUGAGCACAGAAUUGUGAUUACCAGCAAGGAACGGAACACAAGUGUAUGGAGCCAGAAUGAUCUGAAUAAUAAUCCACGCAAAAACAUGAUGCACACACUCGUAGCCAAAUUCACACACACAAUUCACGUGCACAAAAUAUAUACACUCUUAGAAAAAUGGUUCUAAAUAGUACUAAAUAAGGGUUCGUUAGCUUGUAACAAUAGCAGAACUUAUUUUGGUUCUUAGAACCUUGCCUUGAAAAGUGCCAUAGAACCUAUGCUAUAAAGAACCACUAAUGUAUCAGCUGUCAGGAGGGUUAUUUUUAUUAUUUAUGCACUGUAA